GAGAGAGAGAGAGAGAGAGAGAGAGAGAGCUCACACACCAACAACAACAGCCCUCUCUCUCUCCAUCAUUCCUGUAAUCGAGCGUCGAGCUGCACGAUCCGCACCGCUGCAAUUAUGCACGUUAUUCGGCGUUGGAUGGGAUUCACGGCAAACGCUGCAAAGCAGCUGGCACAGGCACCGAGCUCCAGCCCCGCUGCAUCCCCCACAACUUGUUAGCGUGUGUGUGUGUGUGUGUUGAGUAAGCAAGCAAGCAAAGCAAAGCAAAGCAAGAGGCGGGCUGUCUUCUUGUUUAUCCAAAAAUGACUCGACAUGGCCGUGGCUCCGGCUCAACGUACGCGGCGUCGCGAGCGACCCCUGCAAACCAGAGCCAGCUGAGGGAGUGAGGAGGCAAAUCAUCUUAAUGAAAGUCAUAAGUGGGGUUGGGUGGCCAUGGACCCAUUCAGCCAGCUUAUCCUCGCCAUCUCGGUGACCAGCUUCCUCACCUUCCAGUGGCUCUUCCACAAAGUCAGCCCCUGGAUGUCCACGCGCAUCAGCCCCGGCUUCCUCGGCCUCAGCGACAAGCAGAAGGUGGAAUGGAACUCAAGGACGGUGUCGACGUUUCACGCGCUGCUGGUGGGAAUCUUCUGCCUCCACAUCUUGCUGUUCGACGAUGCCGUCAAUGAAGACCCCGUCUGGGGGGAUCCUACACUGGUGAAGACUAAUGUUGCCAUCACAACAGGCUACCUCAUAUCUGAUCUGCUGCUAAUAUUUUACUAUUGGAAGGCGAUAGGCGACAAGUUUUUUGUAGUUCACCAUCUGGCAGCGUUGUAUGCUUACUACUAUGUACUGGGCCAAGGAAUGUUGCCUUAUUUUGCUAACUUCCGUCUGCUUGCUGAGUUUUCUACACCAUGUGUGAACCAGCGCUGGUUCUUUGAGGUACUGGGCUACCCCAAGUCCUCCCGGCCCAACAUGGCAAACGGCGUUGCCAUGGCAGUCGUUUUUUUCAUGGUCCGCAUCGCUGUCAUGCCAGUCUACUACAGUCGUAUGUACGCGGUCUACGGCACUGAAGCCUUCUACCUGGUACCCUGGGGUGGCCGCGUGGCCUGGAUCUGCUCCAGUAUCUGCUUGGACGUCAUGAACAUCAUGUGGAUGCAUAAGAUUGCCCGCGGCUGCUACAAAGUGCUGCGCUCGGCACGCCGGAGCAAAGUCGCCACACCUCAGGAGAAUGGGAAGACGGAUUAAGGGAACCAGGGUGUCAGUGGUGAGGAAAUGCCACGACAGAGACAACAUGAUGUCACUCUCAGUGCGUUGGCGAGCAGCAGCUCGGACAGUCGCCAGUCACACGUGGGACGAGUGAUAUCACAGGACCGAAUGUAAUGAGGGAAAAUUGAGAAAUUGUUUUUGAACGCGGGCACAGUCACUGAGACGUACAGAUGGACUGUUUAACAGGCCAUGCCUAAGCCAUGAAAUGACCUCUUAGCAAUACUCUGUGUGCAUGGCCAGUUAUUUUUCUCUCGAACAAUUUAUCACUACACAAAAGAGGUCGUCCUGGGACAAUGGACUGUUAGCCCAACCACAAAUUGUCAAAAAGUUUACCUUUCUUUACGUACGUAGUGCUCAACAAAAGACUUUGAAAUGUUUUUUUAUUCUAUUAUUACUGUCGACUGGGUCCUGGAAUGAAACGUGAUGAAAUAUGACGUGGGUGACGCAGCAAAGACCUCGAAAGCAUUCAGUGAUUCAUUGAUGGUCAGUGCCAUAAAAUCAUUGUCACAUGCCUGUUGAGGAGAGGGUCUCUUUUUCCUCAGUAGAUCUUGAGUUAUAAUUUGCAGGGAUUGAUUGACAGAAGAGGAGAUUACGUUAAGUGCAAUCACAGAGACGAACAAGUGCAGAUAAAUCAGUUCAACACUCACCCACUGUCAUUCAGUUAAGAGGUUCAUUUAAAAAGCCAGCCUUUUGAGACUUUAAUCAGAAUAUUGCGAUUCUUGGUUUACUUUGCAUUUGAAUGAUUAACUUAGGUAACGUAGGGUUGAACGGGCAUCAGUACGCUGUAUGUAGUCCUUUUUCUUUUGUCUUGCUGGCGUCGAGGCAAAAUAGAUUCAUACAGAUACAAACUAUUGAACUGUCUUUAAUGAAAAGGAGACUUGUGUACAGAGUACCUUAGACACGCUAAAAGGGAAACUGAAUGUCAAUGCUGUGUGUCCGCUGCGAUUAAACAAUGCAAGAACGUCAAUUUUCCUCACAGAAAUAUCAAGGCGACAGAUGGCAAUAGCUUUUUAAGUCCCCUCGUAAGUUGAUGUGUAUACAGCCUGAUAUCUCACAGGAUGGGGAAAAUUGUCAGAGAUGUCUUGUUGAUGCUGUUUGAUGGGAGCCAGCAUUAUAUUUAUUUCACAUUGUGCAAUGCAUGUUCAGGGGUGAAAGCGACCUGAAGUCGUCAUAGGAAAACCUUUCCGAUCCAGAGUGCGGAGAAAGAGCAGCUGCUUUGAAAUGUGUAUUUAUACAGGGUCGGUGGGAGAGCUGUUGACCUUGGGUUCAAAGAAUAUCCACGAUAUCUCCAUUUCUUUUCAGUCACAAACUGUCGAAUAUUACCCCUGGGCAACGUUUGCCAACCAGCUUCAUGCUGCUAUGUGUGUUUUCAGUGAAGGAAUUUUAGCCAGGCAGUUCAAUUCAGCACACGUUUUGAGUGCUUUCAUUCUGAAAACAGAACGGGCGUGUUCCUGCAGGUUUGAGCCUCAUGUCAAAUCAAAGAUAAUAAUCAGUGUUUCAGAUGGUAAUAGUUGAAUAUCUGUUCGAAACACUCUACCUGUUUCAGAACUUUGUGACAGAUUCCGUCUCAUAUUACGUUUGAUUUCCAGCCAGCUGGUAAACGGAGCGCUCUCCCAUAUUUAUUCAUCAGACGGAUGUGAGGAUGCUGCGGACAUGGCAACGCAGUCACGUUGAUCUAAACGUUCAGAGGUUUUUAAAGACAAAUAUAUCACUUGAUCAAAUUUAGUCAAGUCACGAUUCAUUUAUGGUUUAUGAAACAUGUACUUGAAUUUUCAUUCUAAAUGUACCUUUCUGAGCUGUACAUCAAAAGCUUCUGUCAAAUGAUUUAUGAAACGGAAACGGGGGAUGGCUAGUUUGUGAGGGUGCGCCUUUCUAUGUUCAGCGUUUGAUUCUGUUGCCUUUUUAAAGAAAAACAAACAAAUGAUUGCACAGUGAAUAUUUUGUUGAAACUCCUCACUGUACUGAAAAAUGUGUCAUUAUUUGGUGAUUUACUUAGUGUGUUUUUUUCCAUGUCUGAUGCCUGUCUAACGUGGUAGUUUGGCCUCUGUGAUAGAUCAGUUUCAAAUGUAAAAGCGAGAGGCUUUCUAAGGCUGGUUGAUUUUAGUGCUUUUGUUUUUGUUAUGGCUUUAAAAUGUCAAAGAUUUAUGUGUUUGUGCCGGUGCUUAAGCCAUUACUUCCAUUUUUAAACCCAUGAGCAUUUGCAUACAACAGUGCCAACUUGAUUUGAUGGUUUAGACGGACUCUGUUCGCAUUUAUGCCGUGGCUAGUCACUGCUCAGCCCAGUGUGUUCUGGUCAGAGUGAAAGGUUGCUUUCAGCCACACCUUGGACUGCAGGCAGGAUGCUUGACACAGGGCAGACUUGACAUGGGCGCAUGUCAUCUACAUUACAUGUGGAUAUCACUCUCUCACACCUUAGAAAAGAGUCAGGAUGUUAUAUUGUAUUGAUGUAAUAUUUCACUGGAGUUAAAUGGAAAUCAUGUGAGGGUCUCAGGACGGCAGGCCACUUCUGGUAGAACCAGGGGGGAGGCUCUGUGUGACAAGGUCAUGCAUGGUCAAUAUUCUUCUUCAUGCACCCUCUAUAAUUGCAUGUGGUAUUGCAUGGGGAUUGCACUGUAAACAAAAAAAAAAAAGCAUAUACAUUUGCAAGGUAGAUUUUGUUCUCCGUUUUCUUUUUCUUAGUACAUGUACAUAAUGUUUACUACAUAAACGUUAUUCUUGUACUAUGCCACAUAAUGUAACCCGCAGAUGAUGAUGAUGUUGACGACGAUGUGGUGACAACAUCACAAGGCAGAUAAUAGUAUAAUAUCCAGCACAGAAAUAAUCGGUAAGGGAAUACUUGAAUACUAAUCAACACAGUUUGCCACAGUACGAGCAUUCUGCAUUAUAUGCGUACCAUUGUCUUUAAUUUAUUAAUCCAAAAGAGGCAGACAUACAACAACGCAGAUGCUGAGGUAACGGAGAGCGCGCACUGCUGCUGUCAGAUAGUUAAACUGCUGUUGGUGUUUCUGUUCUGAAUGUUGUAUGGUGGAGCGAUGUGAGUCGGUGGAGUGUUAAGUGACAUUCUAUGAAUGUAAUGGAGAAGAGCAAAUAUUUGUCAUUUACAUUUACAUUUGUUCUUUACAAUAAAUGCCAAAUUAACUCACG